GAAUAUGAUAAUUAAGAGGAAGUUAAAAUCAGCAAUGCCGAGUAUUGAACGGUGUGGUAAUAGUAACUCCGGCGACGGCGAACGACGGAAGAAACGGAAAAUUGACGCCGGAGACGGCAGCCGGAGAAAUAAUGGUGGGUAUUAUCCUUUACAUCUUUUGGGUGAAGUUGCUGCUGGGAUCAUAAGUUUAAGUGAAUUGGGGUUUCAUGUUGCUGCUGGUGUGAUUCCGCGUAUCUGUACGGAUGCCGGCACGGUGGUGAUCGUUGACUCGAAACCGAAUGUGGUCGUUAAACCGGAAGUGGUGGAAGAUGAAAGCAAUGUGGCUGUUUGUGAUGAAAUUGUGGCGAAACCGGUGCAAAGGCCCCCAUUGGUGAGGACAUCAAGAGGAAGAGUUCAGGUAUUGCCUUCUCGGUAUAAAGAUUCGAUUUUAGAUAAUUGGAAAAAAGAAGAAAAAUGUAAACUUGAUGAUGAUGGUUGUAGUAAUAGUUAUAAUAAUAAUGGUAGUAAUAAUGAUAAGCAAGAAUUUAACUUAGACCCUGAAUUUGCACCUAAGUCUAGUGUUAAGGUAACGAAAAUUAAAGAACAAGUUUUGCCCAAGAAGUCUAAUGUGGAUAAAGUUAGUUAUAAGAAUCGUAAGUCGAUACCUAAGUUUGAAGAAUUCGAGGAUGAGGAAGAGGAGGAGGUGUCUAAGGGUUUUGAGGUGAAGAAGUAUUCGAGGUAUAAUGAGCCAAAAAAUGGUGAGAAUGGUAAGACAAUGUUGGUUGGGAAGAAAAGAGAAGCUUUUUCGAAGAAUAAUGAGAUUACCAAAGUGCCGGAUGAAUUUUCACCUGGUGAUAUUGUGUGGGCUAAAUCUGGAAAGCAUUAUCCAGCUUGGCCAGCUAUUGUUCUUGACCCGAUAAUGCAUGCUCCUCAACAAGUUCUUGGCUUUCGGGUUGACGAUGCUUAUUGUGUCAUGUUUUUUGGGUACUCGGGAAAUGGCACACAAAGGGACUAUGCAUGGAUUGGAAGUGACAUGAUAUAUUCAUUCUUAGAAAAUGUUGACAGGUUUCAGGGUCAGACUGACUUGCAUGACAGUGAACCGAGUGUGCUUCGUUCAGCCAUUGAGGAGGCAUUUCUAGCGGAACACGGGUUUACGGAAAUGUUAAUGGUUGAAAUCAAUGCAGCGGCUGGUAACUUAGAUUAUCUUGAUUCUAUCCCAAAAGGGUUUCACGAGUCCCUGGAAACAAAUCAAGAACAUGAACGUCAACGUGUUUCUCAAAGGAUGGAAAUAAUCAAGAGGCAGUCCUCCCAGUCAUGUGAAGGCUGUGGCUCAACUAUCUCGCUUAGAAUGUUGCAGAAAAUGAAAGACGCGUCUUCUAAUAACCGUCUACUCUGUAACACCUGUGCCAGGAUGACAAAAUUAAAACAUUUUUGUGGAAUAUGCAAAAAAAUAUGGAAUCGUUCCGAUACUGUUAAAUGGGUAAGAUGCGAUGGUUGUAAAGUGUGGGUACAUGCAGAAUGCGAUAAAAUCUCUGGUCAUCGUUUCAAGGAUAUGGGGACAAGCGAUUACUACUGCCCGGAUUGCAAAGUAAAGUUUAAUUUUGAGUUAUCUGAUUCAGAAACUUAUCAGCCUAAAAACAGAUAUAAUAAAAAGCAGGAGGAUAUGGUACAACCUGACAAGGUCACUGUUGUUUGCACCGGCGUGGAAGGCAUAUAUUAUCCGAGCUUGCAUUUGGUUGUGUGCAAUUGUGGAUCUUGUGGUACAGAAAAACUGGCACUAAGUGAAUGGGAGCGGCAUACAGGGUCAAAAGUUAAAAAUUGGAAGAUGAGCAUCAGAGUGAAGGAUUCUUUGCUGCCUUUAGAACAAUGGAUGCUUCAAGUUGCUGAGUAUCAUGCUCGUACUGCUGCUUCCGCCAAUUCUCAAAAACGCCCCUCUCUGAAAGCACGAAAGCAGAAGUUGCUUAGCUUUCUACAAGAAAAAUAUGAGCCAGUAUAUGCCAAGUGGACAACCGAACGUUGUGCUGUAUGCCGCUGGAUUGAAGAUUGGGACUACAACAAAAUCAUUAUAUGCAUCAGAUGUCAAAUAGCUGUGCAUCAAGAAUGCUAUGGUGCAAGAAAUGUUCAGGAUUUCACAUCGUGGGUCUGCCGAUCCUGUGAGACGCCACAUAUUGAGCGGGAAUGCUGCCUCUGUCCUGUAAAAGGUGGUGCUUUGAAACCUACCGAUGUUCAGCCGCUGUGGGUUCACGUAACAUGUGCUUGGUUUAGGCCUGAAGUUUGUUUUGCAAAUGAUGAGAAAAUGGAGCCUGCGAUUGGAAUUUUAAGUAUCCCGUCUAAUACUUUUGUAAAGAUAUGUGUUGUUUGUAAGCAAAGUCAUGGAUCAUGUACACAAUGUUCCAAGUGUUCUACUUAUUAUCAUGCAACAUGUGCAUCAAGGGCUGGCUAUCGCAUGGAGCUGCAUUCCCUGGAAAAGAAUGGAAAGCAGAUUACAAAAAUGGUGUCAUACUGUGCUUAUCACAGGGCUCCGAAUCCUGAUACCGUGUUAAUAAUACAGACACCUGGUGGGGUCAUUUCUGCUAAAAGCCUAAUUUUAAACAAUACAAAGACUGCUUCACGAUUGAUUACACCUAGAAGACUACAACUACAAGAAGCUUCAAUCUCUGAAAUUUCCACAGAGGUGGAGCCAUAUUCAGCAGCAAGGUGCAGGGUGCAUCAAAGAUCACACAACAAGACAGUAGAUGGGCUAAUUAUGCACCGAGUUACCAGACCAUGUCAUCACUCUUUAACAACAAUUCAACGGUUGAACAGCCAUAGGGAAAUGCAAGAACCUCGAAGUUUUUCUACUUUCAGAGAAAGACUGUGUCAUUUACAGAGAACAGAAAAUGAUCGUGUCUGCUUUGGUAAAUCAGGAAUUCAUGGAUGGGGCCUUUUUGCACGUCGAAAUAUCAUGGAAGGUGAAAUGGUUCUGGAAUAUCGUGGUGAACAAGUGAGGGGAAGUGUUGCUGAUUUAAGGGAAGCACAAUAUCGAAGAGAAGGCAAAGAUUGCUAUCUAUUUAAAAUCAGUGAAGAAGUCGUUGUAGACGCAACAGAUAAAGGAAAUGUUGCUCGCCUUAUCAAUCACUCUUGCAUGCCAAACUGCUACGCAAGGAUCAUGAGUGUUGGUGGUGACGAAAGCCGCAUUGUACUUAUCGCAAGAACAAAUGUGACCACUGGUGAUGAAUUAACGUACGAUUACUUGUUUGAUCCAGAUGAGAGUGAUGACAGCAAAGUCCCGUGUUUAUGUAAAGCACCGAAUUGCAGAAAAUUUAUGAAUUAGAGUGAUAGCGAUAUAGGGGAAAAGAGUACAGAAAUGGUGUCUUUGACAAAGGAGGAGCUCUUCUACUAACCUAACCUGCUUUUUUUUGUUUUCUUUUGUAUAAGAUAAUAAAGAAUGUUAGAUAUAGUAAAAGACCUGUAGCAGAGGCUUUUAGGGUUGUUCGAAAGAUACUACAUUAAUAGGCACCUCAUUAAUUUUUCAAUCAUAGUUUUGGUGUUUUGUUUCCGAUUUAUGUAAAUCUCUAUCGAGUUAAAUGUACUUCAGAUAAAUAGGUAAAGUUUCUUUUUUGAACUUUGUCGGGCAACCGGGUAAGCUUAAACUACAAAACCAGGUAGCUAUUUAAUUGAUAUGAUAAGUUUGGCUUA